UAUACUGAAUCGACGAGUCUCCGACGUUGACACACAAACACAUAGCUCGCUCGGCGAAAGGAACAGCCUUUACAACAUCGACCCAUUCAUACCACACCACACCACACCACACCAGGGUUGAUCUGCAUCCCACGUACCCAUGUGGUCCUGUUCCUGCUCUGCUCCCCCUUUACCCUAAUACGCAACACAAUCCCACCGUCCGAUCGUAGUACUAACCCCCACGCACAAUCCCAGUUCUUCUUCCUCUACCAGAUCCAAAAUCUUCUAUCCCAAUUAUUAUUAUUAUUAAAUGAAUCAUUCUGAAAUGGAGAGUCCCAAUUUUUGAAAUGGAAUCCAGGGCUUAAAGUUUGUCUCUUUUAAACUCUUGUUGUUGUUUUUGCUUGGGCUGUGGACCUGUGGUUGUUUUCCUCAAAGCUUUCUUACUUGUUUCAGCUCCCAAUUUACAGAGGAAGGAGCAAUUGGGUUAUGAGCCACAAAAAUGUCUGAGAUUCAUAACUCCGAGUUGCUUGAAGAAAGCCAGCCGGUUAGUUCAUCAGAUUCUAACCACUCUCCUGAAGCUUCAGAUGGGUUUAUGGAGGUUGAAUCUUCAAAGCUUGCAAUACAAAAUGAUGCCGGCGGACCAGAUAAUCAGGAGUUUGGCUCCACAAUUGUGGUGGAAAAUCAUAAUGGCAUUUUGGAAAGUGUAGAAGGCAGUAUGCAAGGAGAGGAUGACCUGAAAGUGGGAGAAGAUGUUGGAAAGGAAGAUAUGUUUGUGGAUUGUCCCGACGAGUUGGUUACAAGUGCUGAUGGUAAAGAAGCAGCAGUAGCUGUGCAAUCGGUGGAUAAAUUGGAGGAGAAGCCUCAUUUGCACGAGGCAAAUGGUGUGCAAGAUGAUUAUGUCAUGGAUGAGUUGGAACGACUCAAGGUUGUGCUUGAUCAGACUGUCCGUGAGAAAGAAAGCAUUUCAUGUGAAUAUAAGGAAGAAAGAGAGGCUUUUGCUAGAGAGCUUGCUAGUCUUAGGGACCAACUCCAAGUCUUUACCAAUGGGGAGCAUUUGAUUGAUGAAAGUGGUAGUCAAGAGUCUAAGAAUAAGACCCAGGAGACGGAUACUAGUGUCUCCAUAACUGAGUUAAUGGCUGAGUGUUCGCAGAUUGUUAAAAGCGCUUGUGAAGAACAAUUGCGGACUAAGGCUACUAUAAGUGAGCUUGAGGCUAUUUUAUUUGCAAAGAAUCAAGAGAUUGAGGAGCUUAAUGUGAAAGUUGGCGAAUUCCCUGUAACUCAUAUUGAGAUGGUCACAGAUAGAUUGCUAUCCUACCUUACUGGGCUAGUUGAUCCACAAGAAGCAUUAGAUGGUUCCAUUGGUGGAAAAUUAGUUUCUAUUGAGAAGGGCACUUAUUCAUUGGCUGUGACAUAUAAUAUGCUGCUUUCUGAAAUUGAUCAAUUAAGGCAAUGUUUGUCUGAGACCAGAUCAAAUGUUAGUUUUCAGGACUUCGGGACAAUUUUUACUGCUGCCCGUGAUGAAUUACUUGAACUUAAAAGAAAGGCAUCGGACUUUGCUGAAAAAUUAAGCCAUUUUGAGGGUGAAAAUAGGAAAUUGGUCCAACAACUUGAAGAUCAGAGAAUGAUGGCUGAGAGGGUGAAUGCAGAACUUGGUAAAACAAAAUCCGAACUUGAGCAGGAAAAUAUUAGAUGCAGUAAUACCAAAGAAAAACUUACCAUGGCUGUGACAAAAGGUAAAGCAUUGGUACAACAAAGGGACUCAUUGAAACAAUCAUUGGCUGAAAAGAUAAGUGAGCUUGAGAAAUGCUUGGUUAAUUUACAAGAAAAGUCCAGUGCACUGGAGGCUGCUGAAUUACAGAAAGAGGAGUUACUUAGAAUUGAAAAUGUGGUCACCUCAUUGCAAGAAACACUUCUCCAGAAAAAUGCAUCCCUUGAGAAAAUGGAAGCAUUAUUAUCUCAUAAUAGUAUUCCUGAGGAACUUCUAUCAAUGGAAAUUGUCGAGAGAUGCAAAUGGCUUGUUGACGAGAAUAAUAAAUUGAAGGAUCUGUCCCAAGAAUUCCACAAAGUGAAAGAUGCUUUGUCUUUGAUUCAUCUACCAGAAUCUGUUUCAUCUUCUGAAUUGGCCUCUCAAGUGAAUUGGGUUAGAGAAUUAUUAUACCAGGUCAAUACUGAAUUAAAUACAAUGCAAGAUGAGUUUUCCAUGACUAGGGAUGCUGCACAAAAAGAAAUUGAUCGCUUAACUGCUUCACUUUCAUCUGAAUUGCAGACAAAAGAUUAUCUCCAGGUGGAGUUGGAUGAUAUGACAUGCAAAUACAAGGAGAUUGUUGAAAAAGAGCAUAAAGUGUCCCUAGAGAAGGAUCACAUAGUGAAAAUGUUACUUGAAACCUCAGGAAUUACAAUGGACGAUGAUGGAAUCUCUCACUCUUCUCUUGAUAUCGUGACACUCACAGAGAGAUGCUUUGGGAAGAUGAAAGAACUGAGUAGUGCAUCUUUGGGUUCUUAUGUUGAUGCUGAGCUAUUUGAAAAAGUUGAGAGCUAUUUGUAUACGAUGAAUCAAGAGUUAGUGUUGUGUCAGCUUUUAUUAGAAGAAGAUAUGUUGAUGAAAUCACAGGCUAGAAAUCUUUCUAUUGAGUUGACGAGGGUAUCCGAAGAACUAGUAGCAUUGAAAGAGCAAAAAGAGUCUAUGAAGAAAGAUCUUGGUCGGUCAGAAGAAAAGUCUUCCUUGCUGAGGGAGAAGUUAACCAUGGCAGUGAAGAAAGGAAAGGGGCUGGUUCAAGACCGGGAAAAUUUGAAACUUCAAAUAGAUGAAAAGAACUCAGAAAUUGAAAAGCUGAGGCUUCAAGUCCAGCAGCAAGAAUCAGAACUUGCUGAACAAAGGGAUCAGAUCAAUAGCAUGUCUGCUGAUAUAGAGGGCAUCCCAAAGUUAGAGAUGGAUAUUGUUUCUGUAAAGGAACAAAAGGAUCAGCUUGAGAAGUUUCUAUUGGACAGCAAUAACAUGUUGCAAAAAGUAAUUGAAUCUGUUGAUGGCAUUGUUCUUCCUGUUGAUUCAGUUUUUGAUGAACCUGUAGAGAAGGUGAAUUUUCUUGAAGGACACAUUAGUAAAUGUCUGGAUGACAAGACACUUGCAGAAAAAGAAUUGGUGAGAGUAGAGGAGGAAGUCAAAACCCUGGCUAAUAAACUCAUAGAAGCUGAGGCAACUAUUAAAACGUUGGAGAACAAUAACAUUUUGCAAAGAAUAAUUGAAUCUAUUGAUGGCAUUGUUCUUCCUGUUGAUUUAGUUUUUGAUGAUCCUGUAGAUAAAGUGAAUUGGCUUUCAGGAUAUAUCAAGGAAUGUCAGGAUGGAAAAACACUAGUAGAAAAAGAGUUGGUGAAAGUAAAGGAGGAAAUCAGUACCUUGAAUGGCAAGCUCGUAAAAGCAGAAGCUACUAUUAAAUCGCUGGAAGAUACUUUGUCAGUUACAGAGAAUGAUAUUUCUCAACUUGCUGAUGAAAAAAGGGAGAUGGAAUUGGCUAAGGGAAAUGUUGAACAAGAGUUACAAAAAGCACACGAGGAAGCUUCUUUGCUCACUAGCAAGUUUACUGAUGCCUUUGAGGGUAAGAAGUCAUUAGAAGAGGCGUUAGCACUUGCAGAAAAUAACAUAUAUGCCAUCAUCAGUGAGAAAGAAAGUGCUUUAGUUAGUAAAAGUGUUGCAGAGACAGAACUUGAGCAAGUAAAAGAGGAGGUUGCUAUCCAGACCAACAAACUAACAGAGGCCUACAAGACCAUAAAAUCCCUCGAAGAUGCAUUAUCUCAGGCUCAGACUAAUGUUACUUUACUGAGUGAACAAAAUAAUGAUGCUCAAGUCCAUAUAACCGAUUUGGAAGAUGAAAUGAAGAAGCUGCAAGAAGAAGCUGGGUCCCAGGCUAGCAAGCUAGCAGAUAUGGAUGUAACCACAAAGUCACUGGAAGAGGCACUGUUGAGGGCAGAGAAUAAUAUCUCCAUACUUGAGGGAGAGAAGACAAAUGCUGAAGGGGCUAUGUUAUUGCUAAAUUCAAAGUUAAAUGCAUGCAUGGAAGAGUUGGCUGGAACUACUGGCAGCUUAGAGAGUAGAUCUGUGGAGCUCUCCGGUUAUCUGCAUGAUGUUCAAGUACUUGUGAAUGAUAAGACACUGCUGUCUUUAAUGAAAGGGUUUGAGAAGAAAUUUGAUGGCCUUAAAAAUAUGGAUAUCAUUCUUCAACGCAUAAGGGACCAUUUUGCUGGUUUGGGUCUCGAAGGGAUGCAAAACCAUGAUAUGGAGGACAUACGUGUGAUAAACUCCAUAGCAGAUGGUUUUGGCGAUAUUUUUGAUAUUGAAAAGGAUAAUUAUGAGUUCAGUGUUGUAGAUGGCGACCUCAUUUCAUCUUUUAGUAAGAUUACGGAAGGGUUUCAAUUGAGAAACAAAAUUCUUGCUGAAAAAUUUGGACAUUUCUCUUCCUUUCUAGAUGAGUUUAUUGCAGCUUUGAUGAGGAAACUACAGGUAGCAAGUGAUGAAGUCGUGGUUGUGUUUGAGCACUUCGAGUCUUUGAAGCAGAAAGUAAAUGGUUUGGAGAUGCAUAAGCAAGAACAAGAUAAUGCCAUUGCUUUGUUAGAAAAUGAUUUGAUGACUUUAUUAUCUGCUUGUACUGAUGCUACGAGAGAACUACAAUUUGAGGUGAGGAACAAUUUAUUGGAGCUUAGCUCUCUUCCUGAUGUUGAAAAACUGAGACAUAGUUUCUUCCAAGUGAUUGAAGAAAGUGGUGUGCUCUCUGUGCAAGAGGGUCACCAAAACCUUGAAGGGGGCAAGUAUGGUAAAGCAGUAGAGAUGAUGUUACUUGCUACCAGAAAAGUUCAAGCUCUGUGUAAGCAUUUUGAGAGCACCACUGAUGUUGCGGCCUCUACUAUUGUAAAUUUGCAUAAUGAUUUGAUAGAAGCUAGAAAACUUUCCGAGAAAGCAAUUGAGGAAAGUGAUUUAAAACAAAAUACGAUUUCCAAGUUGGAGGCAGAUGUUGAAGCCUUUAGAACCUCAUGCAGUGAGCUGAGGCUUAUAAUAGAGGAUUAUCAGGCCAAAGAGGUCGCAUUAAAAGAAAGAGAGGCAAAAGUUUUAUCUUUGCACAAUUCCUUGUCGAACAAAGAAAAAGAGGCUGAAGAUUCCUUCUUGUCGGCAUCCCAAGUCAAUACUCUCUGCAAAAAGAUUGGAGGGCUUGAGAUUCCUAUGGCAGGCUCUGAAGCAGGAGACACAGAUCUCCAAAACUCUACUCAAUUAGAGAAGCUCUUCUACAUCAUUGAUAAUUUCUCGGACCUGCAACUUCAAGUUAACUCAAUUUCUAGAGAGAACGAAAACCUACAGUUGACCCUUGAAGCACAGAUGCUUAAGAUUGAGCAGCUCAAGGAGGAAGUUGAAAAACACGCCGCAGAUGAACAAGCUACAGAAAAGAUGAGAUUUGAACUAUCCGAACUUAUGUUUGGUUUGGAGAAAAUUAUUGGUAUAUUAGGAGGUGAUGGUUUGGUUGGAGACCAAAAUUCUUCGGUUGUUAAGGGAUCUCUGGCAGCAUUAGAGAAACAGGUUAUGGCUUUACUAUCGGAAUAUGAAAGUUCAAAAUCAAAAUCCCAGGAUCUUGGUAGCAAGCUGGUGCAAAGCCAAAAGGAUGUUGAUGAAUUAUCAACGAAGGUUAAAUUACUAGAAGAUUCACUUCACGGUAGGGGUACUCAGCCAGAGAUUAUCCAGGAAAGGAGCAUUUAUGAAGGACCUUCAUUGUCCACCAGUCCAGAAAUAUCCGAAAUUGAAGAUGUGGGAUCACUUGGAAAGAAAACAGUAUCAUCUGUCCCAUUGGCAGCCCAUGUACGAACUAUGCGAAAGGGUUCUACCGACCAUCUGGCUCUUGAUAUUGAUGUAGAGUCUAGUCGUUUAAUCAACGAUGAAGAAACCGAUGAGGACAAAGGUCAUAUAUUCAAGUCUCUUAAUACCUCGGGUCUUGUUCCAAGACAAGGGAAGUUGAUUGCAGAUCGAGUUGAUGGAAUCUGGGUAUCUGGUGGUCGAGUCUUAAUGAGUCGUCCAAGGGCAAGGCUUGGUGUUAUUGCCUAUUGUCUUCUUGUGCAUAUAUGGCUAUUAGGGACCAUUUUGUAGUUAAAAUGGUAAAGUGUAUCGUAUAGAUAGUCUCAUUUUUUUUUCUUCCUUCAAUUCUUUUCUUUGUAAUCUUUUUGUUUAACAUGUUCAUAUAUACAACUGCUAUUGAUUCUCCACAAUCACAUUUUAAGGUUCCGGAGAAUCCAAGAAUAUGUGUUUACAAUCUCAGCAGUGAAUUAUAUACCUUCAGUCUUAUUAUUUGGACUUCUUGUGUCAUGGAUUUUUUUUCCUUUGUUGUAAUAAAAUAACACCAGCAAUAAUACCAAAUUUCAAGGAUGUA